AUGAUACAAAUAUUGCCAUUUUUAUACAUGGGUAAAUUGAAUGACAUAAAAGCUUUAGAUCUUAAAAAAUAUAACAUCAAAGCACUAGUUGUUUGUUGUACAUAUUUAGAAUACCCACAAGAUAAAAUCCCCAAAGGAUAUGAUGAUUUACGAAUUAAUCUUGAAGAUAUGGGAUUAGAGCAAAUAUCCAAAUAUUUUGAUGAAUCCAACAAUUUUAUUCAUUCUUUUGUUACCCAAAAUCAACCAGUCUUCGUUACGUGCAGUCAUGGAAUAAGUAGAUCACCAACAAUAGUAUUAGCAUACUUGAUAGGAAAACAGAACUAUUUUUUAAAUGAAGCUUUUCGUUUUUUAAUGAGCAAAAAGAAUAUAUGCCCAAAUGUUGGAUUUGCCGAACAACUGUGUAAUUACGAAGAAAGUAUAAAAAAUAAAAUCACCUUUUGCUCAAAAAAAUAUGCGGAUUGGUAUUCUUCUGAUAUGUGUUAUAAUAAUGCUAUAAUAGAUUUUAGUCCUGAAUAG